AUUCUCAUUGUAUGCUCUCUUCCUCACAUCGUGUUUGUUCAUCUCCGUUUGUACAUGAAACAAGAGACGCUACAAGAGCGUCUUGAUUUAUUUGCCUUUGUCAUAAUUGGAGAUGAGAUGAUGUUUGUCAAGGUAGCCUUGGAUGCGUUUAUUUACGCGUGGAGGCUGGCUAAAUACAGAAGAUCACUGAAAAUUGUACUGGGGUGUAAUGCGAAUCAAGUGAACCCUGAUGCUACUGAGAUAAGAACAAUGGACAACUUUACUUUCCAACAGCCAAAAUCCGAAUCGACAUCAACGACCAUAGUUCAGAAUGAAACGUUUCGAAGAUAA